AUGUCGGCGGCAGAGUGUCGUGAGGAGUUUGAUGAGGACAAAGCCGUACUACUAACGCGGUAUAUCUGCGGCAGAAAGGACGAGAGUGGACCCAACGUAUGCACGCUUAUAGGCGUUGCCAUUGGAACUGCCAUGAAGAUUGGUCUCCAUUACGAUGGAGCUAGUCUAGGUCUAUCUCCUUUCGAGGUGGAAAUGCGUCGCCGGCUCUGGUGGCAGAUCUGCACUUUGGAUGUCCGGACAGCAGAGGACCAUGGCUCUGAACCAACGAUCCCCGAAUCAGCCUUCAAUACCAAAUUGCCGUUGAACAUCAACGACACCACCCUGGAACCCAACAUGAGCGAACUGCAUCAAGGUCAAUCUGGAAGAACCGAGAUGACCUUUACGCUGGUCCGGCUUGAAGGGAGCCAUUUUGCGCGAAGAGUGGCAUUUUCAGACAAAUUCUGCCGCAUUAACUCAUACCCAGUCUUGAGCGAGGCGCAGAAGUGUGAGGCAAUAGAGCAAUUCAAGGAGCGUAUAGAGAAACAGUAUUUGUCGUAUUGCGACAAAGAAGUUCCACUUGACUUUAUCACCACUGCCUCCACUCGUCUGAUCUUGGUGAAAUUAAAAUUGUCAGUAUGCAGGCUACGGAGGGAUCAAACUCCGGGCAUGCGUAUGCAAACAAAUUACCGGAGGACUUGCGAGGAAGUCCUACAGUACGCCCAAACGCCCCGAAAUUACGAGAAAGGCAACAGAUGGCUCUGGCUUUUUCAGACCUAUGUCGAAUGGGAUUCACUGGCUUAUCUCCUGCUCCAUCGCUGUAUUGCACCUCCAGAGGAGCAGUCUGAUGCGGUGUGGAAAACUGUCGACGAGAUCUACCGCCACUGGAAAAGUGAAUCAGAUAACUAUCGUGAUCGCCGCUGGAGACUUAUUGAGAAACUUCGAUUCCAAGCUUUCACCGCACGAGGUAGAAGGCAGACAAUCCCUCAAUUGCCACGAGCGACGCAACCGGAUCAUAUCACAACACCUGAACGGUUUGAUCUUGGGCCUGCGAUCAGACUAUACAAUAUCUCGUCCACCAGAGCCCAGCGGACAACAAAUACCGGGGCUAACCAGCCAUCUAACGUGGAAGCUGCUGCUCACGCACCCUUACCACCUGUGACAGGGUUUCGGACAGCAGAGUCCAAUCCUAGCACUGAACAGCCCUUCCCUAUGGGGACUCACGUCAACGCGACAAUUCAACCCGUAGAAGAGGCAAUCUCGAGUGCUGCUGAAUUGCCGAGUGGGGGUACUGGCUGCGAGUGGAGUGCAGCCCUAUUUGGAACGUUUUGGGAUCUCACCGGAUCUGGACAAGGUGCCUCUGCAUCAUGGCUUGGUGAUGUCUAG